AUGGCAGCCGGCGAGCAGAACGGGGUGACAGACUUUAUCAUCUGCCUAAAGCCAGACUUGCUACCUGUUGGCAAGUGUGGGAUAUGGCAGGGGGAAGAGAUCGGGUUCAUGCUGGCUCGGGCCCACUGGCGCAAAGGUCUUGCCGAAGAGGCUCUGAACGCUGUGCUGCCGUACUUCUUCUCUGAUAGAGGCAUGCUGGAGAUUGUUGCCGAUGUCGAUCCGCGGAACACAUCGUCCAUGGCAUUACUUCAGAAACUGGGCUUUGUGGUAUACGAUUUCAAGGAGAAGACUUUCCAAAUCGGCGGGCAGUGGGUUGACAGCUCGUACCUGAAACUAACGAAAGAGCAGUGGACUAGCCAGAAGCGUAGAGAGAACCCUUUACCAGUAUAA